AUGGAGUUUGAUAAAAUAAACUUUAAGAAAAUAAAGAGCUCAUAUUUAGAAAAUGACUUAAAAAUAAAAAAUCCAGAAAAAGUAAAAACAAAUUUGUAUGCAAAAAAUGAUGUAAUCCGAAAAAUGCUAAGAAGCAAUAAUGAUGUUGCAAACUCUUACAAUAAUUUACAAUCAUUAGAAAUAAUCUCAAGUAAAAAUGAUCUACAUAAUAAACCAGAUUUUAAUGAUCUUAAAAGUUCUAUAGAUGAUACAGAUAGCUUUAUUGAAACGGAAUGCCAAAAAAAUGACCAAAAAAACAAAAUAUGGAACAGUGGGAAAUCUGAUGAAUGUAUCAAAUCGAUACAAGCACAAGAUUUAGCGGAUGAAAUAAAUUUGCAAAAUUUAAAAGAAGACAAAGAAGCUCAAGAUAUUACAAAAGGCGAAACAAAUGAUAAAUCUCAAUUAUCCGAAUUUUUUAAAAAAACAAAAAAUGCUUAUAAAUCAUUAAAUUUAGAAAAUUUAUUUUUAUGUAACAAUGUUAAUGAUCUAACUAAUGAUAAAAACUCAGACAUCCUUAUUGGAAAUUAUUCUAAUUAUACACCAAAAGUACGCACAAAUGAGAAUAAAAAUAUUCAGAAUAGUAUGACGAACAAAUUAGGAAUAACAAAAACAAUAGAAAGAAAGGUUACAAAAAAUAAAAAUGCUUUACCUAUAGAAAAAAUAUAUAACGCUUUUCGAGGCACUAUAGAUGACUUUAUGGAUUUAUAUAUUCAAAAAGAAGAUAGAAAUAUUGAGUUAAUGCAUGCUAAGCUAUAUGAAACAAACAAUGAUUUGCUUCAUAAACCUGGAAUAUAUUUAAAGAAUGAAAGAAAUAGUGAUAUUGAAGCAAAUAUAAAAGGAAAUUUGCCCACUUUAAAAAAAUACUAUAUAGGCAAUGCCAUCUUUAAUUCGCCAAAACUCGAUAUUACUAACGUAAAAAAAGAAUUGGGUCAAGAAAAGGAUAAAAAAAAGUAUGCAAAAAAUGCAAUUAAUAACAACUACAAUGAUAGUUGCAAGAUACCAGCAAAUAGUUUUUACCGUAAAAAGGAGGCGGUUCAAAAAGAGAAGAAUAAUAAUGAAAAGUUUCAUGAAAGAAACUUAUUUUAUGAAAAAAAUAUAUUAGAGGCUAGUAAAUAUGACCCAGUUAGCUAUUUUAAUAAAUACGAAAUAAAAAAAGACAAACCAUCGAAUAAUAAUAAAGGUGCAAUUCCAAGUGAAGUAAAUAAAAAGAACACCCGAAUAAAUAAAAAAUGUGAUAAAAAUGCUCUUUACCAUGAUCCAGACAGCGAGAAAUAUGAAUAUUCAAAUAUAAUUUCGGAUUAUUUAUAUAAUCAAAAAAAUGACAAAAAAUUAAAUAUGUAUGGGCUGUCAAAGGAGGACUAUUCUAAUGAUAAGAAUGAACAAGAUAUGGAAGAAAUAUAUUGUGAUAAUGAAAAUGAUAAAACUAUUGACCUACAAGUUAAUGAUAAAAAUGUUCUAGAUAUAUCUCCAUUGACUCAUAAAUACAAAUAUAGGUCUAACAUAAUUUUAACGAUAAAUAAAAUUAAAAAUAUAGAAAAAAUAAUUGAGAUUAAUUUAAAUAUUACCGAUGUCCAAUUAAAAAUACCUGGUAUGAGAAUUGAAAAUGUAAUAUUACCUCAUAAAUAUUCUAAUGAUAUAUUAAACAUACAAAUAAAAACUUUAAGUGAGGAGGAUGGAAAUGAUAUAAAAACGAAUAAAGAAACAAAAAAGGAAACAGCUAGCUAUUAUCAGGAAAGCAAUAAAAAUAGUACACAACCGAAUUCUGAUAAUAUAGGUACAAAAAAAAGUAUGGUAGAUGGAAAAACAUGUUCAAUAAAAUGCUAUUACGUACUUAUACCACUAAAUAAUAUAAACUACGAAAUAAUAAAUAAAAGAUUAAUUUUAAUAAAUUCAACAAAUAAAGAAAUGUAUGAAAAAGAAAAUUUAUUACCAGAUACUAUAUAUUUAAUACAAUCUAAAAGUAUUAGUUCUAUAAAAGAAAAGUACAUGUACAUCUCCAUAAAAAAAUGUAUAAAUGGAAUUUAUUUAUAUCCUAUUUUGAAUGAAAAUAUUCUAAAUGAUUUCAAUAAAAAUCCAAUGAUAAAUUCACAAAAUAGUAACAACAUAUUUAAACCAGCAUAUGUUAGUCUAUAUAAUGAUGAGAUAGACAGAGAAGUUGGUAAAUUUAUAAAUGCAAAUAAAUUAAUUAAUAAAAUAAAAAUAAAGAAAUUACCAGAGAAGGGAUAUUACAUAAUAAAUGACAGUUGCUUUCGUUUCUUUUUCGAUAAAAAUAAUAUACUUGUUUGUGUUGAUAACAGUAGGACUAGCCAAAUUGGAAAAAACUUAGAAAUAGGCCAUACAGGGCAUGUAGAAACUGCAAAUUACAUAUUUGAUUUUAUGUCUAAAAAUUUUAUAAUUGUAAAAAGCUCAUUAGAUUUAUUUCCAUCUCAUAUAUUUCCCUUAAUAGAACAAGUAGUUUAUUUCGAUUUUAUAGAAAAAAAUGAAUUAUUAAAAUUAAAAUUUAUAAUGCAUUUUCUAGCUAUAACAGAAGCAAUAUGUAUAAAUUUAUGUUUUCUUUUUAAUAUAAAUGUACAAAUUGAUUCUUUAUUUUAUAAAAAUCUUAAAGCUGUUCAAAUUAAAGAUGAAAAUGAUCAAAAUAAUUUCUUUACUUUUUUAUAUACCUCAUAUGAAGAAAGAAUACCAAAUAAUGGUAAGUAUUGUCCUUAUUUUUUGAAUUAUUCAAAACCUCUUAUAUUUCGAUUUCAAAGUGAAAAUGAGUUGAAUAAUAUUAGUGAUGCCAAUGAUGAUGAGGAAAUAAAAAAGAGAAAAGAAAUUGAAAAGGGGAUAAAAUUAUUAAAAAAAACAAAUGAUAAUGAUUUUUUUAUAUAUGAUUAUGCAAGAAAACAAUCUAUUUUUCUGUAUAAUGCUAUUAAAAAUGAUGAUGCUAUUAAGAAUAUAGAAAAUAAUUAUGAUAAAAAAAAACAAAUAUUUUAUACACAUAGCUAUACAAAAAAACAGUUUCAAGAUUAUUAUAUGAACAUUUUGAAUAGAUAUAAUCAAUUAUUACAAAAGGAAAAAUAUAAAGAAGACUAUGCUUAUAGACAAGAGGUUGAAACGUUGCAAUAUAAUACCAGAGAUGGUCAGGAUGUAAAAAGUUAUUUCGAUAAAAAUGAUAAUAAUAUAUUUUCCGAUGGUUUAAAUCAGUUUGAUAAUUGUAUCGAAAAAAGAAGAGAUAACAUUAUCAAAAGUAAUAAUACCGAGGAAUGGCAAGACAACAAAUAUACAGAUGGCUAUCAAAAUAGUAACAAAACUAUUAGUGAUAAAAAAUAUGAACAAAAUAUUCCAAACUUAAAUAAUAACUUUAGUAACACAAAUCAGGUUAAUCAUAAUAUGGACUAUGUCUUUACAAAAGAUAAGUGUUUCACUAAAAUGCAGAAAGAAAUUAGACACGACGAUUUUCCUUAUAAAGAAUAUAAUAAGCAUACAAAGGAAGAAGAUGAUAAUUUACAUUCAUAUAAAGUUUAUGAAAGUGGGAGUAUAUCACAUGAUAUUCAGAGUAUGGAUCUGCCAUAUGAAUUUCAAAAUGUUGAAGAUAUCAAGAAAAGUAUUGAAAAAAAUAACAAUAUUAACAGUAGUUUUAGUGGAUUUAGCAGUUUUGGUAUUGAAAAAGGAAACGAUAUUAUAAAUGAUUAUUCGGAAAAAGAGGAUAACAUUAGAGAGAUUGAUAUGGAUAGACAUCAAAAUGUGAACUUUAUUGAAUAUAACAAAAAAUAUUCCAUCCAAAAAAAUAGUAAUAAUUUUUCUAAACAAAUAUAUGAAAAUGAUCAAGAAUAUUUUAAAAAUCAAGAGUUCUCUUAUUACUCCAAUCAGGAUAAUAAUUUAAAUAAAAAUUAUAUGAAUGAAUAUGAGUCUAUACAAAGUGAUAAUAAAAAUAUCAGCGAUUCGAAUAGCUUAGAUAAUAGAUGUAAAUUAAUUAGACAGAAUGCAAAUAAGUUUUAG